AUGUGUAAUAAAUGCCUUUAUGAGAGUUCUAAGAUUAAAAAUGAGAGUAGUGUCUCUGCCUUGUUCACUCCUUUAAUUACGAAAGAUCUAAAGAGGAAAUAUGAUUAGGCUUACCUUUAGUAUAAGGAAAGCAGAUGUGAGGUAGCAGAGAUCGAAACAGAACACAUUAAAGAAAUUAUGGUAAAUAGAGUAAAGGAUUUUUGCAAAGAACUUCAAGAAUAGGUUAAUAGAUGCGAAGAAAUCAUUAAGUAAAGAAUAAAAGAUUCUGCUUCUCUAAAGACCCUUGAAUUAUUGGUAGAGUAAAAUGCCGAUCUAUUUAGUGAAAAUUAAGGUUCAAAUUUCUAGAAGAUUAAGGAUGAAUUCGAUAGCAAAAUCAAUAACAGCAAGUACGCAACAAUAGUUAAAAGAUAAAACUUUUAUCGUGAAAGUAUUUUCACAGAAAUAGAGAAGAGCAUUACUCAUAUGGAUAAAACAUUUGAAUCCCUCAAGGAUCUUCAUCAUAGAGUAAUUCAGGUAUAGGAAAUAUCUCAAGAAUUGAUAAUAGAGAAAUUCGAUUAAAUCAUUGAGGACACCGUGAUGAAUGAUGUUUCUUCAUAAGAUGCUUUUGUAAAUAAGUCAGAACCUGAUGUGCAAAUUAUGGGAACUAAUUGUGACUAAUAAUUGAAUCUAGAUGAAGGAGAUUAGUUUUAGAUAAGAAACUGCCAGCUGGAUAUGAGUGAGUGCAGUCAAUUUAGUCUAUUUAGUGGCUCCUCUAAUUUAUAAAACUGCGCAUGGACCAAUAUGAAAGAGCUAGUCACUGAUCAAUAGAAACUAUUCUCAAUUCAAAAUUUCACUCUAAAAUAAUAUGACUAAAAUAAUAGAGUUUGGGAAAGUGUGUUAAAGUCUGAUUUGUUCUAUUAGAGAAUUGUAGUUUUACCUGGUACUAAUGAAGUCUACUUAGUUGGAGGUGCCUAGGACUAUGAAUCUGAAUAUACUACUAAUGAGGUGAUAUUAUACAGAAGUAAGGAAGAGUUCUAAUAAAAGAAAUCAAUGAUAUUUAAAAAGAGCAAGGUGUGUCUCACAGUUGGAUAAUUGAAGUCCAAUGAAAAUGUAAAUUUCAGCAAGGCUUUUAUAUUUGCAAUUGGAGGACAAGAAAACAAAAACUAGUUGAGCAGGAUAGUUGAAAGAUAUAGUCCAAGAGCCGAUCUCUGGCAGUAGAUGCCAUCUUUGAUUUAAGCUAGAUCUGAAAGCUCUGCUAUUGUUUUGAAUGAUAAUCUUUAUGUAUUUGGGGGAAUGGCUUUUGAUGAGUCUAAAUUGCAAUUUAUUCCAAUAAGGACAAUCGAAAGAUUAAAUUUAAAAAUCCUAUUCAAUCAAACAGCACAUCAAUCAUAAAAGCAGUUUUAAGUAAUUGAUAUAAAACUGCCAACCGACUGUAUCAAUGUUGGCCUAAUCCCAAUAUCUAACUGUGAAACUCUCAUUCUUGGUGGUUUCUCUUAUGAUAGAUACUUGAAUUAGAAGCUGAAAUUUAGCAGCUAUUAAACAAACAAUUCAAACUAAGUAGAUUAAUGUAUAGAGUUGAUAGGUGAUAGCAAACUUGAUCAUGGCGACUUCUUCUAAGCACAAAUAUUUACCUAAGUGGUAUAGUCAAAUAAAAAAGGCGAUAGCGAUAAGAUGGAGAUUGAAGAUUCACUGAGAUUUUGUAAUUAUGAUGAAACACUUUUGGCUAUUGGAACCUUCUACACUCACCAAAUAGAAUUAUUUGAUGAUUUCAACAUUAAAAGCUUUGAGCUUAAAAAUUUAUGA